UACCCCUGAGUGGUACAGAUAAGGAGCGAAAUGAAUAUUCCUUAUCGUUUAUGAAAUGGAGAAUGUUCAUAGAAAUCCGAACAGACGAUGUCCACUCCACUCCAGUAGGUAGCGACAUUGCAGAAUGCGUUAAGCCGUGGUGCGCACUCUACGCAUGCUUUUUUUUUGGCACAGCAGAUCCAUGAACAUCUAUCAUUGAUGAACGAAGUUGUUGUCAAAUAAUAGCGUUGUCACUGAUUGCUAGUUAGCUAGCACUAGCAUUCUGUAAACAUGUCUAAAAUACAGUUGUUGAGAGCGUUUCUCAACCAGCGGCUAACUGUGGCUGCUGAUGAGAUAUUCGGGGCAGUUGAAAAAACGAUAGCUGAGUACCAGGAAGAGGUUUCCCGUUCGAAAAAGGAGAACGACCGUCUACAGAAUAUUCUUGACAUCGUUAUUAAACCUGAGAUAAAGUUACAAAGAGCAGACCUCCAGCAGCUCACUGUAUUGGAAGAGGAGGUUCACCCUGAGCAGCAGCCUUGUGUGCAGGAUUGGAGCCCUAGUCUUGGACAGGAGGACAGUGAGCCCAUAUGGAUCAAAAAGGAGCAGGAGGAACUCAAAAAGCAACUUCAGUGGCUGGAGUCUGACACCAGAGAGUUCAUAUUUGAUCCUUUCUGUGUAAGUGAUUAUGAUCAGGACCCAACUCAGUCCUUGCAAAUCCAAAGUGAGGAAAUUAGGGAGAGAGAUUCUCAACCAAACGUUGUAACUGGACAGAUCAAAACAGAACCUGACGGAGAGGACUACAGAAUAUCAGAACCAACCUGUUCUUCAGCUCAGAGUACAAAUAGUGAACAUGUCAAUGGAAUGGAAAGCAAAGGAGCGCAGUCUCUUUUAAAGUCACACAAACCAAAGACCACAAAAAAACAAAAAAGAAAACAAACUUAUAGCAGUGCAAAUGGCAUGAAAUGUACUCCCUGUUCUUGUAAGGUUUGUGGGAGGUCUUUUCGGUACAAGCGUCCCUUUUUUAAUCAUGUGCAAAGUCAUGCACAUAUAGAGGAUAAAGAACGUGUCUGUGGUGUGUGUGGAAAGCACCUAGAUUCUAAAGAGAAUAUGAAAGAUCACCUCCAAACUCACAUCGUAGCUGAGCCUGAGUUUUGUCAUGUUUGUGGUAAAACGUUCACCACGAAGCUUAGGCUGAAAAAGCACAUGAGGGUUCACACAGGAGAGAAACCAUAUCGCUGCGAUGAUUGUGGCAGGUGUUUCAGUGAUGCCGCCAAUUUGAUCGGACACAAAAGGACUCACACGGGCGAGAAACCAUAUUGCUGCCAGGAAUGUGGCCAAGGAUUCACUCAAAGUGGACAUCUGGUUUUGCACAGGAGGAGACAUACUGGGGAGAAGCCAUAUCUCUGUUCUGUUUGUGGCAAAAGUUUCAGCACCAGAUCAAAUUAUACAGGACACAUGAGAGUUCACACAGGGGAGAAACCGUACAGCUGCCAUGAUUGUAGCAAAUGUUUCAGCAAUACUGCUAAUCUGAGUGCGCACAGGAGGAUUCAUACAGGGGAGAAACCAUAUUGUUGUGAUUAUUGUGGCAAAGGAUUUGCUCAGAAUGGAAAUCUUAAAAUGCACAUGAAGACACACAGGAAAUAAAUCUUAUAGGCUAAUUGCUGUAUUUGUGAGAAAUAUCUCAGCACUGACAUCCACCCAACUUGAGAAUCCACACAAGAGAGAAAUACAUCUCUUUCGUUACUGUGGCAAAGCCUUUGCACAAUGGAAAUUUGGCAAGGCAUAAUGAGAAUGUACAAAAUGUAUAACAUGUCAGAACUCAGCAUGAACAACAACAUUUCAACAGUUUGAUAACACUGGAGAGAACUGUGAUCUGGCUCAUCUGACAGUGAUUGAGGUUUCACACACAGUGGUGAGAGACCAUACAAGUGUCCUAUAGAAAAUGCUUUAUCACAAGUGUAUUAACUAGGUGUCAAAGGAGCCUAGUUGAGGAAAAAUUGUAGGCCUACAUGCAAUCCCUGCUUCAAGUUCUUCAAAUGGACUCACUAGGAAGGCACAUUCACAACAGGGAGAAAACAUGGCAGGGCCUUCAGGGAAAGGGCAUCAGACAGAGGAUUGAGAAGCAUAUUCUCACUUCCACCAGUAAGAAGAGAUGGGAUCUAGUACAUACCCACAAGAACCCAGCUCUUGGAUCAACAAGAUAUGACUGUACUAGCUUGAACUUACAGAACAUUGCUAGAAGUCCACAUGAACAUUGCGCAACAGAUUGCUGAGCAGCAGGAGUCCCUGCUUAUUAGUAUGACACAGGACACACGUUUGAGCUGCUGCCCUGUGUCUUGAAAACAAAACUUUGCAUUUUUUGUCUUGAAAGUAAAAUGCCUUCUCCAGUAAUACAUCAUAUCUGUUUUUAA